AAGAUAAUUAUGGUAGUAGUUGCGGGUUUACGUUGGAAUCUCUGCUUGGAAGUCGGCAGCCAUUGUACUGGAAUUUGUACGAAGUGCUGUGUGUUUUUGUGGUAGUGAUUCAUGUUUAUUAUGCAAACGGGCUUAUAAUAUCAGUUUCAGCUCAAAUCAUCGUCUUCAUCAACGGCAUAUUGAAUUUGAUCUUAGGUGCAUGCUCAAGCAAGGACAUGCUAUUUCUGUGAAAUGAUACACAUAACGUACUAAAAACUACAUGUAACUGAAGAGAGAUUUCUGUGCUGAAGAUAAGCCAAAUCGGCUCAGAGCCAGUAACUGGAUUUUUUUAAAAAAAGAUGUCACUAGACCACAAUAGAAUUAUCCAGGCUAAUCAGAACCUGUAUGAAGCCAGUGCUGGGAACAUACCAACUACUUACAUACCGACAUCAUCUGCAGGAAGUGUUGGGUUCAUGGUGAUGUCGUAUCCAGGGCGCCCUCCCAUGGUGCCUGGGAUCCCGCCAAUGGCACCUGCAAUGGCCAUGCCCUAUAUGCCUAUAGGAGGUCCACCACCGCUAAUGCCUGCUGUGAUGCCUAUGCCACCUCAUAUGUUGGCUGCACCACCAAUGCCUCCAAUGCCAGCGCCACCAAUAAGAACGUACAGACCGCCACAGCAACCAACUGUGACACAUCAUGCUGCACCGACAACUGUUCGACCUGCUUCAUUCACCAAAAGACAGAGUGAACCAUCUGGUCCACCUGUUACAGUAUUUGUGGGAAACAUAACUGAAAGAGCUCCAGAUGCAAUGAUAAGGCACAUUCUGGCUGCAUGUGGACAUGUUGUCUCAUGGAAGAGAGUGCAAGCCUUUGGAUUUUGUGAGUUUGGGAGUCCAGAUGCGGGCUUGAGAGCAAUUCGCUUACUUCAUGACAUGGAGAUCGGUGGAAAAAAGUUGGUGGUCAAAGUUGAUGCAAAAACAAAAACUGUUCUUGAUGAAUACAAAGCUGAAAAGCGAAAGAAGAUAAAAGGGAAGUCCCCAUUGCAAGAUGAAACACCAGAAGAUGAAGAGGACUAUAUGGAUGACAACAUGAAACAAACUGAUAAAUCUGCUCUGGAGAGAAUAAAACUUAUUAUGGAAGAUUAUGAAACAGAUAUGAAUAACUAUGCAGCUUCAUCUGCGAAGGCGGACAGAGCAAAAGCUGCAAAAAAUGAAGAACGCAAAAUGUCUCGGACACAAGAAAAAUUAAUGAAGCUUAGUCAAGGGGCUCAAGAUGUACCUAGUGCAGAUGCUCCUUUGCUGUUGGAUGAUGUGGAUAUAGAAGAGGGAAAACGUGACUUAAUAACACGAGAAAUUGGAAAAUUCAGAGAAAUCAUGAAGAAACAGGAAGAAGAGAAGGAGGUUGAACGGAAGAGAAAAGAGUUGCAGGACCGUGAGGAGCGAGACAGGAAAGAAAGGAGAGCAGCUUCAUCUUCGCGAAAUAGAUCUCGAGGCUCGGUCUCCAAAAGUCGAUCGAGGUCGAGAUCCCACAAUAGGGAUGCUACAAGAAGUCAAACACCAGACAGCUCUUAUUCUGCCAAAACUCGUUCGAAGCGAGAUAGGCAUCACUCUCAUUCAAGAGAUCGGGAAAGAGAGAGGGAGCGUGAAAAAGAGAGAGAAAAGGAAAGAGAACGAGAGCGUGAACGAGAAAAGGAGAAAGAGAGGGAGAAAGAGAGAGAAAGGGAGCGAGAGAGGGAGAGGGAAAGGGAGAGGGAGAGGGAGAGAGAAAGGGAAAGGGAGAGGGAGAGAGAAAGGGAGAGGGAGAGGGAGAGAGAAAGGGAGAGGGAGAGGGAGAGAGAUCGUGACAGAGAGAGAGAAGAGGUCCAGAGGAAGACUGACCGUGAAAUUGCAAGAGAAAGAGAAGAGGAGGAAGAAGCUAAGGAAAGGAAAAAAGCUGAAAGAAAAGCCCGCGAGAAGGAAGCUGCGUAUCAAGAAAGACUUAGAAAUUGGGAGACAAGGGAACGCCGUAAAUUCAAGGAACGUGAAAAAGAAAAAGAAAGGGAAAGGUUAAAGGAAGAAGAAAGAGAAAGAGAAGCAAAGAAGCUCAAAGAAUUUUUGGAAGAUUAUGAUGAUGAAAGAGAUGAUGCUAGGUUUUAUAAGGGUCGUGAACUCCAGAGGCGACUUGCAGAGAGGGAAAAAGAAAUAGAAAUGGAUGGUAGAGAUCGCCAGAAGGAGCAGGAGGAACUAGAGGACAUUAAAUUAAAAAUAUUCUCUGAAGAACAUGAAGACCCAACUGCAGAAUUUGAAAGGAUGAAACGUGAACGAGAAGAAGAGUACAAGCCAAAGAUCCUAAUCAAUGUGAAUCUCGAGAAUAGUAAACAGAGAGAACGUGAAAGAGAGAAAGAGAGAGACCAUGAGAAAGAGAGAGAAAGGGAAAGGGAAAGGGAACGAGAACGUGAAAGUCAGAGAGAAGUUGAAACUGAGGAAGAAGAAAGGCAUAUCACCAAUGAAGCAAGUAUAGAGUCAGCACCUCCAGAACCAUCACCACCUCCACCAGAACCAGAAGUAAGGUCUGUAGAAGAAAGUGACGAUGCAGGAGAUCGUGACCGUGAUUAUGAAGAGAGGGUCACAAACUAUGCAAGUCCUGAACCACCUGAACCACCCGCACCUGUGGAAGAAGAAAGCCAAAUGUCUGUAAUAUCUAGUGGAGCAGAGGAUAAAGCUGCUUCUUUGAAAGUGUGGCACUCUCCACAACAGCAGACAGCAGCACCUCCAAACAAGAAGAAAAAACUUGACGUGAAAGAAGUAUUCAAUACUGAUGAUGAUGAUGAUAGUAAUUUGGGGUCUGGAAAGAAGAGAAAGUUGGUGCCAUUGGAUUAUGGAGAAGAGAAGAAGAAGAAAGAGGAGAAAAAAGAAGAUAUUACAAAAUCUCAAGAAGAGAAACGGAAGCACAUAAAGACAAUAAUUGACCAAAUCCCCACUGAGAAGACAGCACUGUUUGCUUUUCAGCUAGACUGGUCGGCAGUAGAUAAUCAUCUAAUGGAAAGGAGGAUACGACCUUGGAUUAACAAAAAAAUUAUAGAAUAUAUAGGUGAACCAGAACCUACAUUAGUUGACUUCAUUUGUUCGAAGGUUUUGGCAGGUAGUGCACCACAAGGCAUUCUGGACGAUGUUCAAAUGGUUCUCGAUGAAGAAGCGGAAGUGUUUGUUGUUAAAAUGUGGCGGUUACUGAUAUAUGAAAUAGAAGCAAAGAAAUUAGGACUUGUAAAAUGAACAUUUUAGACAAUAAAUUUGUACAAAGUGUAUGUAGGAAGACUUCAGACAGUGAAGAAAAAUGACAUGAAAAACUAGUGCAGAUUGAAUUGAACAGUGACUGGUUCUGCCACUUGCGUGUUUUGGGUGAUGACUGAAUGAUGUUUCUUGACUGUGGGGAUUGUGCAUUGGUACUUCCCCUAGGAACUGUGCCAACCCGACUGUGAAAUGUAUAUAAAAAUGCUAAUGUGGGUUGUAUUUAAAUUUUGUAAUUUAAUUUUUUCAUUUUGAUUCAAGAUUGCACAUUGUGAUCAAUAUAGAAACUUUUGUAA